AUGACCUUCUCGUGCCACUGGUGCUCGAAGCCCUAUAAGACCACGAGGGGUUUGAAAAGGCAUUUGGAAGGGCACCACAACGAGAUAGCCGCUGCCGCUGAGAGGACGACUGAGCAUCAGGAUAGCUCCGCCGAUGUCGAUAUGGAGGGUGACAAAUAUGCCAUGGAUGAGAGUGAUGAGUGUGAGGAAAACAACGGCGUCGUCUCGGAUAUCUACGAGGACCAGGAUGAGAGUGUCGCGACCGGGAGGACCAGGCGCUCAACUCGCCUAGUCCCCAAGAAUGUCAUUGGCAUCGCGUACACGGUCUGCGUCAUUCAUGCCGCCAACUCAUUCAAGGGCUUGUCUGAGUAUAAGGAUGAGGUCGAUAUCCUCUUCCCUACGGAUGCGAUCCUGGUCAACGGCGUCGUCAAGACCCUGGACGGCCACAGAAGAGCAGAACCCACCCACUGGGUCACCAGCAGCCACAAGAUCACCCCCUUCACCAAGUACCAGCUCCGAAACUACAAGAUCCUUGUUGACCACCGGUUCCGACUCAACUCACCCUUCCCGAACAGGGUCUGUGCCACAAGAGACUGUGGGACAGCUAUCACUUGGAGAACUGCGGGUGUCUUAAGAAGGAAGGUCAACGCGAACAAGUCGGAUCAGACAAUGGCGUAUUUGAAGUCUGUCAGCCUCUGUUUGAAGUGUAGUGGCUUGUAA